UGGCGCUAAAAUUCAUGUUGGCCACCUGCCUGCCAAAAGUUCCCGACUAAGCCAAGUUUGGCCUUGAGCACUUGGUCACUGGCUCUUUAAAGUUCCGCCUGUGCGCGAACCUAAAUGCCAUUUAAUCGCGACCGUGCGUAAAUAUGUCCGACGAAGGUAGCCCUCCAUUAAACCUACGCGAGUUCCGCAAACAGAAAAAGCCACAGCUUAGCCACAACACUAACACGAUGAAUGGGGUUAGCAACACUUCAUCCGACCAAGACGGCAACGGGCAGAAGAUAGUGAUCAAACGUAGAAUCAUCAGGCCACCAUCUGAUUCAGACUCAGAAACGGAUUCGCAACAUCCGAGCACAUUGACUAUAGUAAACAAUAGCCUGAUCAUCAACAGACAGAGUACAGCAAAAAUGAAGAACCCUUCGAUAUUGGAGAAAGAGAAACAGAUGAAGUUUCUGCUUGAAAUAUUCCCAGAUUUAGAGGCAAUGGUUAUACAUGAUAUCUUGUCUAAGCACAGUUUCAAUACAGACGCGGCCGCAGCCGAGCUGUCUCGUAGUUAUGGCAAGAAUUUAUCAGGAGCUCAGGGCUACAAUCAGUGGAGGGAAGUUUAUGACAAAAGACAGGCUAAGCCAGAUGUAUCAAAUGUGAUUCGCUACCAGCAGCAGCAAAUCAACUCCUCAUACCAACAGCACAUGAAGAGAAAAGCUGUUGAUGACAUUCUUCCAAAAAAGAAAAAAGUGAGGAGAAGACGUUCUGAGGACAGUGACGAUAGUCUUGGCAGCGCCAAAGAUUAUAAGGAUAAUCGAGUGUUCGAUAGCGACGAGGAUUCCGACAUAGAGGUGAAUCACGUAUUGACCAGUGAUAAAAAAAAAGUAUUAGAGUUCUUUGAGACCGCCACGUUGAACGAGCUCCAGUUAAUGCAGAGUUGUUCCAAAAAGAAGGCGGAAAUCAUCAUCGAUUUUCGACCACUUAACGGUUGGGUUGAUUUGGUUACAAAAUUACAGUCUAAUAAAAGUGUUAGCACUGAUUUGCUGAAUGCUGCCCAGCAAGUUUUGAUAACUAGAAAUAACAUACGGCAGUUGAUGAAGAAAUGCACAAGCAUUGCACAGACGAUGGAAAGAGCGGUGGCAGCUGGCGCCGGCGUCAAGAUGCAACCAAGAAAUUUAUCUUCUAGCUUGAAACUAACAAGUUAUCAAAUGGUUGGUUUGAAUUGGUUGGUGGUUAUGCACAACCAAGGCGUGAAUGGAAUUCUAGCAGAUGAGAUGGGUCUUGGUAAGACUGUACAAGUGAUAUCAUUCCUAGCGCAUUUAAAAGAAAUCGGGGCGGCCGCAAGCACCCACUUGGUCAUCGUCCCAUCCUCCACGCUUGACAACUGGAGGUCGGAGUUCGCACGCUGGUGUCCCGAGCUGCGCGUGUUCAUGUAUUAUGGCAGCACGGAGGAGCGACGUUCCUUUAGGUUCGAUUUGGCCAAGGGAAUGCUGGCUGACUUCGACGUCAUUCUGACCACCUAUACGAUCGUCGGCAACUCGCCGGAAGAGAGAAAGAUGUUCCGUGUCACGCCUAUGCACUAUGUCAUAUUCGACGAGGCGCAUAUGCUCAAGAAUAUGAACACGCAACGCUACGAGAACCUGAUUCGCAUCAAUGCAAAACAUAGGAUUUUGCUGACUGGUACGCCCCUACAAAACAACUUGUUGGAGCUGAUGUCGUUGUUGAUUUUCGUGAUGCCGAAGAUUUUCUCAGAGAAGACGGAUGAUCUUAAGAAUUUGUUUCAGAAGAAUUCUAAGGCGAGCAAGAACGAUGAUGACACGAUGCCAGCGUUCGAACGGGAACAAGUUGAACAGGCGAAGCGUAUCAUGAAGCCGUUCGUCUUGCGAAGAUUGAAGUGCGACGUCUUGCAAGACUUACCGAAGAAAACCGACCACGUAAUCGAGGUCCCUAUGGCACCCACGCAGAAAGAGCAAUAUGAUCAGCUCGUUGCGUCCUUCCAAACUGCUAAUGCCGAUCAGGGAUUCAAUGGGAUGACCAUGAUGUCGGACCUUCGCAAGCUGAGCAAUCAUCCUUUAUUAUUGAGAUACCACUAUGAUGGGGAUCAAAUUAAGGAAAUUGCGAAUAUAUUGGCCAAAGAUCCAGGAUAUAAGGAUACGAAGGUCGAAUACAUAGUUGAAGACUUGACCUGGAUGUCCGACUUUGAAAUUCAUACAAUGGCUAAAGACUAUAAGUCCUUGAACAAAUAUAUACUGCCUGAUAAUUUGCUCACAGUAUCUGGCAAGUUUUUGUAUUUGGAUAAAUUGUUGGCAGAAUUAAAAUCUAGUGGACACAGAGUGUUAAUUUUCAGUCAAUAUGUGAUAAUGUUAAAUGUGAUGGAGGAGUAUAUGAGAAUACGUAAUCAUACUUAUUUAAGAUUAGAUGGUAGCACUGCAGUUAGUCAAAGACAGCAAUUGAUAAACGAGUAUACAGACGACCGCAACAUCUUUAUAUUCCUGUUGUCAACGAGAGCUGGAGGUCUGGGCAUAAAUCUAACGUCGGCAGACACCGUCAUAAUUCAUGAUAUUGAUUUCAAUCCGUACAAUGAUAAACAAGCAGAGGACAGGUGCCAUCGCAUGGGCCAGACGAAACCAGUUACGGUUUACAGACUUAUCUCCCAAGGCACGAUUGAAGAGGGAAUGUUGCAAAUGAACAAAGAAAAACUAAAGUUGGAGAGAGAAAUCACGACAGACGAAUCAGACAAUCCAGAUGUGAAGAGUGUGGUUCGUAUACUAUCAUCUGCCCUAGGAAUUGACCAAUCAAAAGCGAAUAGUCUAGUGUCGCCAAAGAAGAAAAUCUGAUCUUAAAUUAAUUUUUUUACAGUUUUUACAGUUUAGUGUUUUACAAAUAAUUUUAUUUAAACCCCAUUGCACACUCGCAAAUUCAAAGUAUUUUCACCAUUUCAGGCAUCCUAUGAAUUGACCGUACAUGCAGUUGUAUAAAUAAUACAAUUUGUAUUGUAAUUUAUAGAACGAAUAUUUUUGUAUAUUACCAGGUAUUCCAUUCUUUAUUUAAUUUUAUACAUUAGUUCAAUAAAAUGUUAAAUAUUAA